AUGGCUCAUGUACCGCCGCCGGGCCAGGAGGGAUCUAAUUCUUCGGUCGACACACAGUUUCCCAACCCCGUUCCGCAGGUACAAAGGCCAGCCUUUCCGUCAGGUGAUACAUCUAUGAGAGAGACCCCUGACGUUUCGACGGAAAUGGACAACCGCCUGAGAAUCGAGAGUCCAUCAGACGAAGAGUCCGAAGACAGCUUGUUAUCCGACACCUCUUCUGAAAUCCAUGAGCCUGUGGCACCAGCUAAGCGUGGUCUACCGAUUUCCAAGCUUCCGACUGGUCUAUGUUACGAUGAGCGCAUGCGAUAUCAUGCCGAAGUAGCAGCAACGACCGUCGACAAUGUGCAUCCGGAAGAUCCUAGACGGAUAUACUACAUUUACAAGGAGCUCUGUGAAGCCGGAUUGGUUGACGACAAGAAGCACCCUCCAGUGGUAGAAAUGCCCUUGUAUCGAAUCCAUGCCCGUGAAGCCACGGAGGCCGAGUGUCGUCUGGUCCAUACGAAGGAGCAGUACGAACAAGAGCCCGAGCUAAUGACCGGGGGAUCCUUUGCAGAAAUGACCGACGAAGAGCUUAUCGAUCUUUCGGAUCGACAAGACAUGGAUUCAAUCUACUUUAAUCAGCUAUCCUUCUUCUCUGCCAAACUGUCUACGGGCGCGGCGAUUGAGACAUGUCGAGCGGUUAUGUCACGGAAGGUAAAAAAUGCCAUCGCCGUUAUCCGACCUCCAGGUCAUCAUGCAGAGAUUGGCAGACCCAUGGGGUUCUGUCUCUUCAACAAUGUCUGUGUUGCUUCUAGGGUCUGCCAGAAUGACUUUGGGGAGCAUUGCAGGAAAAUCCUGAUCGUGGAUUGGGAUGUCCAUCACGGCAAUGGCUGUCAACAAGCUUUCUACGAUGACCCCAACAUUCUCUACAUAUCCUUGCACGUCCACAUGAACGGGCAGUUCUACCCUGCAGGGAACCAGGGUGAUAUGUAUCACUGUGGCGUUGGCGCUGGCGAGGGAAGAAACGUCAAUAUUCCCUGGCCCACAAAAGGCAUGGGCGACGGUGACUACAUGUACGCAUUCCAGAACGUCGUCAUGCCGAUCGCAAACGAAUUCGACCCAGAUUUCGUCGUCAUUGCUGCAGGAUUCGACGCCGCAGCUGGAGAUGAGCUAGGUGGUUGUUUCGUCUCACCGCCCUGCUAUGCACACAUGACACACAUGCUAAUGUCCCUCGCUGGAGGGAGGAUUGCUGUGUGCUUGGAAGGGGGUUACAACUUCAGUGCCAUCUCAAAAUCCGCCCUCGCGGUCACCCGCACCUUGAUGGGUGAACCUCCUGAUCGCCUGCAAGCUACGGCAGCCACGCAGAGCGCGGUGGAUACCGUGGCCAAGGUUCGGAAUGUCCAGUCGAAGUAUUGGAGAAGUAUCUAUCCCAAGAACCCCAUCGGUGGAAUAUUUGGUGGAGAAAGAUUGCAUGACAUCAUUCGCCGGUACCAGGCCACGCACCUCUAUGAUCAAUACAAGUUCACCCAAUUGUAUAUCUACCGCGAUACAGUGUCAAAAUCAUUUGACCAGCAGGUCCUCGCGACACCCAGCUACGAGACCAAGAAAGCUUUGAUGAUCAUAUUCCAUGACUCACCUGAUCUUCUCAGCGCCCACAAUGGCCUUUCUACGCAACAGAAGCCUCAUGAUACAUGGCUUGUUGACGGCGCACAGUCGUACGUCCACUGGGCGGCUUCCCACGGCAUGGGUGUCAUAGACGUCAACAUCCCCGAGUUCAUCACCAUUUCUACCGACGACGAUCCCAACACGAAGUCCGACCUUCUGUCCUCCACUCAUCCACAUGGAUCGUCGAGAGAUGUCGAAUACGCUUCCACGACGACCGACCUUGCAAGAAAAGAAGGCGAGAAACUUGCCUCGUACCUCUGGGAAAACUACGUCGAGCCAUACGACUUUCCCUGGGGAAUCAUCCUGAUGGGCGCGGGCCACGCAUUUCACGCCAUUGCGAAAUUGGUGUCGGAGAACGAUAACGUUUAUCAAAACCUCGUAGGGAUCGUGUGUUUCAUCUCCACCCAGCCAAUUCGCCCUAUCAGCAAUCCCGGCAGUAACCACUGGGUGAGUCAGUGGUAUCGCGAAAAUUCACUAGUGUUUGUUAGUGGCAGGCACAGUCUAUGGAAGAAGGAGAAAGAAGGUGGGAAAGUGAGCAAGCGAUAUGGGCGGCUCGUGCGGAGUGACGGGGAGGUUCUGAAUCAAAUCAUGAUGCAACACCAGGAGCAGGUCUGUGAGUGGAUGUUCGACAAGGUGAGCCAGCGCAGGGACGAGGUGUCGGCCGAGGAAGAGGAUGUCGAGGAUGAGGAUGUGGAUGUGGAACGGAGAGAGGGAGAGAGUGAUGGCGACACCAUCGAUGACCCUGGCGUGGUGGAGGCUGACCGUGAUGCACCACGCAGUGGAUAUGCGCAGUCUGGUGAAACUGGACACCUCCACAGUGCAAGCGGCGCAGGCAAUGGUGACGUACCCAGGGGAUUUGCGAACAAUGCCUUUGCAGCCGCAGCAGAGACGAUGACGACAGCGCCGAUGGCGCUGGCAGUAGCAGGGGCGGGGUCCGGACCAGGGGCGAUGACAGGACCACCAGCCUCGUCGGCAGAGUACCCGCGCUCAACACCCUCUGGUGCCGGCGGCGGUGCCGGCGACGUGUACAUGACGACGGGGCCUUGA